AUGGUCGUACAGAGGCUUUGGAACUUUGUGAAGCGCCACAGGAAGAAGUUUAUUGCGAGUGGCAUCAUCAUGGGCGGAGUGUACUAUGCUCUUCGCGUGUACCUGCCAAGGGUGCAGCAGCGCCUUCUCGAGGGGUUGCUGAAAGAACUGGCCGAAGGUGCUUCUUCGUCCGACAGUCAGGCCGAGCAGCAACAGGCUCGAGUACGAUUUCAAAAGCACCAGCAGGUCUCCGAUGACUAUGCGCGCAAGGGUCUGCGAGCCUACUUGCCCCGGCAUGCCGGCUGCUUCAAGGUGGAGGCGUGCCAGGCCAAGGUCAAAGCGGCAGCAGACAAAGAGGCCAAGUUGGCAGCAUUCAAGGACCUGCAGGUGGAGUGCCUAUCUCUAGUUGCCUCCGCCGUCUACUCGCUGCACGUCAUACUGCUUCUUCACCGCGUCCAGUUCAAUCUGGCAGGCCGAGAGGUGGCAGCGCAGCCACAAGAUGGCCGGACAGGAGCAGUGCAGGAUUCCAAGGCCAACGGCGAGGAAGCGUCAUCUUCCAUGCAGGAGUUGAUCGACUCCACCGAGUACUUCCUAGAAAAGGGCCCAGGUAUGAUGUCCGCAGCUGCGCGGAAAGCCGUGCAGGACGCGAUAGCAGCUGGACCGCUUCUACCAGACACAUCUGUCAACUCGGAGAGCUUGUCAGCCUUCUUCAAACAAGUUUUUGACAAGAUGGAGCAGGAUGUGUGGGGAGGUUCCAAGGGCUCCGCGCUGCUGCCGCCGGAGGGGGCUGCCAACGUGCAGAGAGUGCAGGUGAAGCACCUGCUCGACGAAGCACGAGACUAUUUGGAAAGCCCCCAUGUGGUGCAGGUCUUUAGAUCCACCAUCCACACUGCCGCCGAUCGUCUUCCUGUGCAGCUGGCCGCGUUUGGUGGCAAGGCAUCGGCGCUGAAGGACAGCUCGGUUCUUUUGGCGGUGCUCUUUGGCAGCUGCGUGUCUCUGGCCACCUCCCUGCUUACAGAUGCUGAUGGAAACGGGGAUGAAACUCCCACAGAGGUCACGAUCAGAUCCUUUGCAGACCAAAUCGUCGUUACGCAAUUUUGUGAAGGCCUUUACUUCCAGGAGCCCACCACGAAGAAGUGA